GUAUAUAACGUGCACUUCAAUUAGUUAAUGCAGAAAUAUCUAAACUAUCAAGAUGGUCGGUGAAGUAAAGCGUGUGUCGCUGGAAGACGUUCUCACAGAGAAGCAGGUGCACCACAUAGUGAAGCAGGCGACCGGGGCGGACACCUGGACGCUGGGCGCCAGCGAUGUCAGGCCCGCGGCGGACGGCAUGGCCGGCUUCCUCGGAGACCACAAGCGAGCCAAGCUGGACGUCUUAGUGGACGGGGAAGUGAAGCACAUCCAUCUAUUCAUAAAACGCAUUCCGCUGAACAAUCAGCCGAAAGCAGACUUAAUUACCAACAACAGUUACUUCAGACGAGAGCAGUUCAUGUUCAAAGUGCUCGAGGAGAUUCGUGAUGACAAUGAUCCAACCCCGUGGUGUCCGAAAGCGUACAUCUACACUGACUCUAUAAUCGUGAUGCCGGACUUGUCCGUGGAAGGGUACGCCUCGCCUUACUUCCUAGACACGCUGGACUACGAGCACCUGAUGCUGGGCAUGGCGGCCCUUGCCAAGUUCCACGCAGCAUUCACCAACUACGAGACCAAAAAGAGCAUUGCCAACAACCGCCCAUACAAUACUAACGAUGAACAUGGGAGCUUGCUGAUAGAGCCCGCAUUUUGCGACAGCCCCUUUAUGAAAGCUUGCGCCAAGCUGACUGCUAACUUCAUUAAAGCCUACUCUUGUAAGCCGUAUCGGAAUCUACCUGAUUUGGAGGAUAAAAUUGCUAAGCAGUACUUAGUUGCGUGUGAGACUAUGAGGGAGUGGAAGGGCACACUGAACGUUCUGAUCCACAAGGACCUAUGGGUGAACAACAUCAUGUUCAAGUACCAGGACAAUGAGCUCGUCAACGCGAUGAUCGUGGACUUCCAGCUGAUCCGGUACACACCGCCCGCGUUCGAUGUAAUGACAUUCAUGUAUUUGACGACGUCCAGGAGCUUCAGGGAUGAGUACGAGCGAGAGCUGUGUGACCGGUACUUCUCAGUGUUCUGUGACCAUCUAGACGACGACUCCAAGCGGCGAGUUAAAGACUUAGGAUAUGAUAAGGAGAAUUUCCUGAAGUGGUGCGAAAAGAGCCGCAUGUUUGGACUGUUGGAGCCAGCUGCCAUUCAUCCUUUCAUCCUUAUGCAUCCCAAAGUUGCCCAGAAGACGUUCGACGAUCCCGAGACGUAUGAAAGGUUGGUGAACGAGGACCGCACGGAGCCGGUGCUGGCGUACGCGCAGCAGUGCGCGCGCUACCGAGACAGAUUGCUCGAGGUGUCCGAGGAGUUCAUCGAGAGAUACGUGCUGAGCGAGCUGUGACGACACAAA